CAUUGUCCGUAACAGUCUGGGCUCGACGGCCCGGUGCAUCAUGGGAGAUGUAGUCCCCUGUACCCCUCCAGUCGGGCGCCGACUUCCCAGUGCCUGUGGCGCGGCGACGAGGCGGGGACUGCCGCUCCCAGAGAGGCGGCCGGGGCCCAGGGCCCGCUUGCCGGCGCCGCUCAGCGAUAGGUGGCUGAGGAGAACCGGUGCGCGCCUGCGCAGGAGGCGGCGGCGCUGGGCAGUGAAGUUGGUCAAAGCGCCGGGGAUAAGAUGCAUAAGCUUAAAUCGUCUCAGAAGGACAAGGUCCGCCAGUUUAUGGCAUUUACCCAGGCUGGUGAAAGGACUGCUAUAUAUUGCUUAAUGCAGAAUGAGUGGAAACUAGAAGUGGCAACAGACAACUACUUCCAGAACCCAGACUUGUACUACAAAGAAUCCAUGAAAAAUUCAGUAGACAGAAAGAAAUUAGAACAAUUGUAUAACAGGUACAAAGACCCACAGGAUGAAAAUAAAAUUGGUAUUGAUGGAAUCCAGCAGUUUUGUGAUGAUUUAAGCCUGGACCCUGCCAGUAUCAGCGUCUUGGUCAUAGCAUGGAAGUUCAGGGCAGCCACUCAAUGUGAAUUCAGUAAAAAGGAAUUUGUAGAUGGCAUGACAGAGUUGGGGUGUGACACCACAGACAAGCUGAAAGCUCUACUGCCAAGAUUGGAACAGGAGCUAAAGGAUCCAAUAAAGUUCAAAGAUUUUUAUCAGUUUACCUUUACCUUUGCUAAAAACCCUGGACAAAAAGGUUUAGAUUUAGAAAUGGCAAUUGCAUAUUGGAUUUAGUCUUAUCAGGAAGGUUUUUAAUUUUUAGAUCUUUGGAAUAAAUUUUUUCUUGAACACCACAAAAGAUCAAUCCCAAAAGAUACUUGGAAUCUUCUGUUAGACUUUGGAAAUAUGAUUGCAGAUGAUAUGUCAAACUAUGAUGAAGAAGGAGCAUGGCCUGUUCUCAUAGAUGAUUUUGUAGAAUAUGCACGACCAGUAGUCACAGGAGUAAAGCGUAAAACCUCCUAACCACAGACACUUCCAAAUGGACUAAGUUUGCAGUCUGAACUCUAUCAGGUAAUGAAGAUGUUUUCGCCAAUAACUGUGCACACCGUCACUGGUUUCAAUGCCACUGACAAAACUUGAAAUAGCUCCUAAAGAAAAUGAUGGCUGACACAUGGACACAGCAAGAAGAAACUCAAGAUAUCUUGAGGAUAUUGGCUGUUCAUAGGAUAUUGGCUGUUCAUAGGAUAUUGGCUUCAAUUAUUGUGCUGGUUGUAUCAUAUAGGAUGUAGAUUUUGCAUGAUUUUAUACUUUGGGGAAGUUUAACUAGAGGCCAUUUUAAAGUUUUGACAGUACGGCAUGCCACUGAGUUCAUGAUCCAAGAUGAACACCAGCAGUUGCAUAAUUAAAACUGUAUUAUAUUGUACUUAUAUUAAAAGCAGUAUUUGUGGUAUAUAAAUUAAAUCCCUAAAUAAAACUUAUGUAGUAUGUUGUAUUUUUAUACAAGUCAGCUCUGUGUAAGUUUCUGCCGUAAUAUAAACUUGUAACAAAACA